AGCCUUGUCUCGUACUCGGCUCACAGUUAGGGAAAGGAAGGAAAGACAGAGUCAGGUUAUCCAGGACUGUGGACAGCGAUGGACCUCAACCAUAGUCGUUCUGUGACACUGAAUGAUGGGAACUUUAUGCCUGUGCUUGGAUUUGGCACUUCUGCUUCAGAUGAAGUUCCUAAGAACAAGGCUGGAGAGGCCACCAAAGUGGCUAUUGAUGUAGGUUUCCGUCACAUCGACGCCGCAUACUUCUAUCAAAAUGAGGAGGAGAUUGGCAAAGCCCUCCGAGAGAAGAUGGCGGAUGGUACUGUGAAGAGAGAGGACAUAUUCUACACCACCAAGCUUUGGCUUACUUUCCUUCGGCAAGAAUUGGUGCGACCAGCCCUGGAAAGAUCACUGAAGAAACUUGGACUGGACUAUGUCGAUCUCUUCAUCAUUCAUUUUCCUUUUGCUCUGAAGCCUGGGGAGGAGCUUGUGCUGAAGGAUGCCAGUGGGGAAAUUAUUUUAGACAUAGUGGAUUUUCGUGACACAUGGGAGGUAAGCCUGGAGAAGUGUAAAGAUGCAGGUUUAACCAAGUCCAUCGGGGUGUCCAAUUUCAAUGACAAACAGCUGGAGAUGAUCCUGAACAAGCCAGGGCUCAAGUACAGGCCUGUCUGCAACCAGGUGGAAUGUCACCCUUAUCUCAACCAGAGCAAACUGCUGGAGUUCUGCCAGUCCAAGGACAUUGUUGUAGUUGCCUACAGUGCCCUGGGGUCCCAUAGAGACCCAAACUGGGUGGAAAGGGAUAGUCCGUAUCUCUUGGAGGAUCCAAUCUUGAAUGCCAUUGCCAAGAAACACAAUCGAAGCCCAGGCCAGGUUGCCCUGCGCUACCAGCUGCAGCGGGGGGGGUGGGGUGGGGGGGUGGUCCUGGCUAAGAGCUUCAAUGAGAAGAGAAUCAAAGAGAACUUCCAGGUUUUUGACUUUGAAUUGACUCCAGAAGACAUGAAAGCAAUUGACGGCCUCAACAGAAAUUUCCGAUAUGCUAAAUUCCUCUUUGCUGUUGAUCACCCUCAUUAUCCAUUGUCUGAAGAAUAUUGACCCUGAGCUAUCCACCAUGAGCUCCACCAGAACUUCCUGCUUCUAAGGGUGUGGAGAGGAUUUCUGAACUUGGUGGAGGUGAUUCAAAGCAGCGUCUGUACUUUCAGGCUGCUGGCGUUUCUUUUUCUUCAUUUUUAUUUCUUUUUUUUUUCAUUUUAUGAAAUAAUAAAGACUUCAAAAUAAGGAUGUUUGCUUUUCCUGAUUAUUAAAAAAGUACAUACAAAUUACAGAAAAUGUGAAAAAUGAAGGGGAAAG